AGCCUUCCAACUCGAAAAACCAGCAAAGAAAAUACAAACCAAACUGAAGAAAAGAAAAACUACACACACGCACAAAAAAAAAAAAUCCAUGGCUACUACUCUGUUACCCAAAACUGUUUAUCCAAUCCUUACAAACCGACCUUCAAUUCCGUCUGCCCACUUCACCACCAAGCCACCAUUUUUUAGCCCACUUGACCUCUCUCCAUGCACCAAAAGACCAAGUGUUCAAACCAAUGCUAAGAAAAAGAACCCAUGGCUAGACCCUUUUGAUGAUGGGGAGGACCCCAACAUGGAGUAUGGUUCGUUGUUUACUGAUGGUAAGCAAGAAGAAGAUCCUAGACCACCUGACAACCCGGAUAACCCUUAUGGGUUCUUGAAAUUCCCAAUGGGUUUCGCUGUGGAGCUGGCUUCAUUGCCUUUGAAAAUAAGAGGUGAUGUUAGGAGAUGUUGCUGUGUGAUUUCUGGUGGUGUCUAUGAAAACUUGCUGUUUUUUCCUGCUAUUCAGUUGAUCAAGGACAGAUACCCUGGUGUUCAAGUGGAUGUAUUGGCAUCAGAAAGAGGAAAGCAGACUUAUGAGUUGAACAAGAAUGUGAGAUGGGCUAAUGCUUAUGAUCCUGAUGAUGAGUGGCCUGAGCCUGCUGAAUACACUGACAUGGUUGGACUUCUUAAGAGUAGGUAUUAUGACAUGGUUUUGUCAACCAAACUGGCGGGGCUAGGCCAUGCAGCAUUCUUGUUUAUGACAACCGCUCGUGAUAGAGUCAGCUACAUUUACCCAAAUGUGAAUGCAGCAGGAGCAGGAUUACUUCUAUCAGAAACUUUUACAGCAGAUAGUAUGAAUCUUUCAGAAGGAGGAUAUAACAUGUACCAUCAGAUGGUUGAUUGGUUGGGAAGACCUUUUCGGAGUGUCCCAAGGCACUCUGUUGGCCCACUAAGAGUGUCAAUUUCAAGGAAGCUGAAGAAGGUUGUAGCAGAAAAAUACAGGACUGCAGGUGCAGAGAAAGGAAAAUAUAUUGUGAUUCAUGGAAUAGAAUCAGAUUCAAAGGCUUCAAUGCAGUCUAGGGGUGAUACUGAUAGCUUGCUUCCCAUUCAAGUAUGGGCUGAAAUCGCCAAGGAUAUAAGGGGAUUUAAGCCACUUUUGGUCAUUCCACAUGAGAAAGAAAGAGAAAAUGUGGAGGAGGUCGUAGGAGAUGAUGCUAGUAUUGUGUUCAUCACUACCCCAGGGCAGCUGGCUGCUCUCAUAAAUGAUUCAGCUGGGGUGAUUGCUACAAAUACAGCAGCUAUCCAACUUGCGGGUGCACGUGAAAAACCAAGCAUCGGUCUGUUUUGCUCUAAGCAGAAGGGGAAACUUUUUGUUCCCAAUCCAGAAGAGAAGAAAUGCGCCAUUGUCUCAUCCAAGACAGGAAAGUUAAGAGAUGUAGAAGUUGAGGCUGUUAAACAAGCCAUGCAAAUAUUUGAUAUGUCCUUUGCUCUAGUAUAGCAUUGUCUCAUCGAAGACAGGAAAGUUAAGAGAUGUAGAAGUUGAGGCUGUUAAACAAGCCAUGCAAAUAUUUGAUAUGUCCUUUGCUCUAGUAUAGGAGAUUUUGAUCACUGAUUCUUCAGAUCUUGUUCCUUAUUUUCCAUUUCAUUUCUGUUUGUAUUCCAUUUUGCAUAUUGCAAGAUAAGUAAUAAAUUAUAUACAUCUUGAAGGUGGGGCAUA